AUGGCAGACAAUCAGGCGAGCGCAAACAUCAUGAGCCUCGAGUUUGCGAGGCAAGAGCGGAUAACGGUGGAGGAAUCGGUCGCAGUACCCUUCAUACUCGGCAACGGGUCUGUAGAUUACUCGGUUGGCCGCGCGACAGCUGACUGUGCUCUUCCAUUUGCUCCCCAUUUCUCGGGGAUUCGCGGAUUCUAUGUCUUCAGCACAUCCUCUCAGCCACUCAUACUUGGACGCGCAUUCCUUCUUGAAACCGGCCUGACGAAAUGUCCACAGAACCUCAUCCGAUGCACUACGAUCAAGGGUGGUCUGUCGGCGCCGCCAACGUCUCCUUUAAGUCGUAUCGAACGCUCCAGAUGGCAAAUAAAGGCAGUUGUAAAGCACGCAAGUGUGACUCAUCAGACCUCUGUUGUGCCUGACAAAGGGUCGGAUUUCGAUAUCAUGUCUUUGGCAUACGCUCAAAGGAUUAAUGCCGGCAUGACGCCCUGCCAACGGGACCAAGACAUUGUUCUCUUGGCCAACGGCCGUGUUGCAAGAGUCAUGGGUUCUGCGAAGGUCUCCAUCCAUUUCAUCGGCAAAGCAAGUCGCUUGGGCCCUAUUCCAGUGCGUUUUGUCAUAAUCGAAAACCUUCCAUUUCAUAUUGCCCUGGGCAAUCCUUUCCUCGAGAAGUAUCGAGUAUUCGAUCGUGUAUCCGAGUUUCAGUGGACCCAUACUACUGACGACAAUGCGCUGCUAUGCUCAUGUCUUAGGUUCAGUGGCAAACAGCCCAAAGAACCCAUUUCCGAAAUACAGGAUUUUACAGAUCGUGCGGUCUCGAAUCGGGAAUAUGGGUACAGUUGUGAAAACAGCCAGCAAAAUCUAUUUGCAAAUAAUCAGGAAACCCCGGCAGAUGCUGAAAUCCAUCCGGGCAGAGCAAAUACAAAUAAUCAGGAAACCCCAGCAGAUGCUGAAAUCCAUCCGGGCAGAGCAAAUACAAAUAAUCAGGAAACCCCAGCAGAUGCUGAAAUCCAUCCGGGCAGAGCAAAUACAAAUAAUCAGGAAACCCCAGCAGAUGCUGAAAUCCAUCCGGGCAGAGCAAAUACAAAUAAUCAAGAAACCCCAGCAGAUACUGAAAUUCCUACGGGCAGAGAAAAUACAAAUGUUCAAGCAAACCCAGCAGUUACGGGAGGCCGUACAAAUACAGCAAACGCAAAUAACCAAGAAGGGGAAAGGGGGUCGCGCUGGCGGAGAUCCCUCAUGCUAUGGCGCAGGAGGGCCGGGUGA